AUCAGCUCCUUGUAUGUCGCCAUGGCGCUGCUUGGCGCUUGCCAUGGUCUGUAGCGCCUGCGCCGUGCGAGCAGAGGUGAAGAGGACGCUCAGCUCUACUGCUCUCCUUCCCGCCUUCUCCUCCUCCCUCCUCCUCCCUCCUCCUCGGCUGCUCCCGCUCUCCUACGGCUCCCACCUUGCCAUCGGAUCCUCUGUCCUCGCAGCCGGACGCCUCCACGCUCCUCCUCCUCGUCCUCCUCGUCGCCUCUUCUCAAGUUUCCCUCAGAUGAGUGAGCUGGGCAAGAAAUCCACAGCCAAGCAGGUCAUCGAGCACUUCCGCUCCGACCUCACGGGCCGCACCGCCAUCGUCACCGGAGGAAACAAGGGGAUCGGCCUUGAAACAUGCAAGGCCCUCAUGAGCGCUGGUUGCCGCGUGAUCAUGGCGGCAAGGGACAAGCAGAGUGGAGAGGAAGCAGUGCAGAGGGAAAUCAAGAAUCCUGGGCUGGGAGGAUACGCGGUCGCUAACCCCAACUACGAUGUCCUUGAGCUGGACCUGUCCGACCUGUCCUCCGUGAAGAAGUUUGCGGACGAGGUGCUGGCAAGGGAGGAGAGGAUCGACUUGCUCGUCCUCAACGCAGGCGUCAUGGCGACUCCCAAGACCUACACCAAGUCGAACUUCGAGCUCCAGCUCGGGGUCAACCACUUCGGACACUUCUACCUUACCCAGCUGCUUCUCCCAAAAAUGAAGUCCCAGCAGCACCCGAGCAGGGUCGUCACCCUCUCGUCAGUUGCCCACACCAUGAUCAAGAACGUGGACCUCACGGACCUUCACUACACCCGGGGCAGGAAGUACUCCGCAUGGAACGCGUACGCACAGUCGAAGCUUGCCAACAUCCUCUUCGCCCGAGGGCUGCACGCGCGGCUGCUUCAGGAGGAAGGGAACAAGGUGACUUCGCUAGCAGUGCAUCCUGGAGUCAUCGGGACAGACCUGUGGAGGCACCAGGGAGGCUGGCUGAGGAAGUUUGUCAUGCCCCUCUUCCUCAAGGACAAGAGUAUCCCACAGGUCCUUUCCCUGAGCUCCUUCACCAGUGACCCUCCACCUCGCUCCAUGCGCUCCUCCUCCCUCUUGCACGCCUCUUCUUUCAUCCUCCCCUUUCAUCCUCCCUUUUCCGCCUCUCCCUCCCUCCUCUCCUUCGCUCUCCCCAUCCUCCCUCCCUCUGAACAUACUUCCUACCCCCCUCAUGCGUCUCCAGGGAGCUGCAACGACGCUCUUCGCCUGCUUGUCACCUGA